GGUGUUCGUGGGUGUUCGUGGGUGUUCGCUUGUUUUACAAAUACCCACUAUAGAUUGAAGAUGUAUCUGAUAAUACAACUAAGUUUUUUAGUAUAAUGAUUUUAAAUAAAUCAAAUUGUUAGAUAAAUAAUUAGAAGUGUGAACAUUUUCGAAAUGAUAAAACUUCAGAGGGCGCAUAUCGACUACAAACAUUGUUAUAAUUUUGAUUUAUUCAUUUAUUUGACAUUUUUUUAAAAAUAAAUUAUUUUAAAAACUCUGACAAUAUAUCAUGAAUUUAUAAAAAUUAGAGUUUGUGAGUUCCACACAUCAAAGAAUCAAAUAUUACUUCGAUGAGCCCACUUCCAGUCAUUUCAUUUUAUUUCAAGUCUGAAUUAGAGUGACUUGGAGUAGCGUGAAGUGGAUCCAUCAAAAGAAUAUUUCAUACUUUUAUCAAAGAAUUUUUAAAAGCAAUACCUUAGUAUAGGAUCUCAUGAACGAAGAAUCUAAAUGUUUUUCAACUGAUAAUCUCCUCGAGUCGAACAUAGUUUAUAGUGAGUUGACGUGUCUUCACUAAUAGCGAUUCUAUUUCAAAAUCUCUCGAAUGGAAGAAAAUUUCCAAAGAGUCAUCAACAAAUAUUGGUGCCGUCGCCGAUCCACAGUGGGCAACCAGGCGAACAUGAACGAAAGUAUUCUUUUCCAAAGUUUAAAUAUUGGAAUAAAUACAUCUAAGACUAGUCUAUCUUGUCUUGAAAUAAAACUUUUGGAAAUUAAAGAGAACUCUGAAAAACUCCAUUUUUAUAAAUUUGUUCAUAAACCGCUAUCUAUAGAGAAAGUUAAUUCUGCGCCCAACUUAACGAAAAUAUUUAAAAAGGAAAACUAUCAGAAACGCAUAAUUGCUCUAUGGAAUUCGUUGUGGUAAAAAAAUAGUUUUGGUUGAACUCAAAUUGAAAAAGAAAAAAAUUGAUUACCGUGCUAAAAAUAGGCUCAAACAUCAACCGUGCUAUAUUUUGCAAACGCUACAAAGAGUUUAAAUCCGAUUGACCUCAAAUUUAUACCGAUUAUUCCUCUAUAUGUAAUCUAUCGUUGGCCUUAGCAUAACUGCAUGCUGACGAACGCAGACUGUGCUAGAGGUCUUCCAAAUAACCAGGUUUCUGCCUAGGAAUCUCUGUUUUUCAGAUUAUCAUAAUCUUGUGGCACAAAACUAAGGUGAUAUUCAGAAUCAGCUCAUCGAGCUGCAUUUAAUGAUAUAUAAUAAAAAGUGUUUUUUUGAAAAAUAUUUUUUGACUUUUAUGAAGAAAAGGUUUUAAAAAAAUGAGUCAUACCGUACUUUUCGAACGCUACAAACAGGCUUCGUCUGAUUGAACCCAAGUUCUUGUUAAUUAUAUACCUCCAUGUUAGUUUAUCGCCAGCUAUUUGUGCUGUAUCGCAUCAGUGUCGGUAGAUUGGACAAUGGAUCACCAGAAAACUAUAAUUCCGAUCUAAUGCUCCUUUUUCACCCUUAAAAUGGCAUCUUAGCGAAAAAUCAAAGUGAUAUUCGGGAUCAGCGCGUAAAACUGCGUCGAUUGAUGUACGACAGAAAAUAUUUUUUAACAAGAUAAUUUUUUCGAAAACUUUGUUUGAGGUCCCCCACAGGUGUUUUUUGGCAAAAAAGUUGUUCUUUCAAAAAGUAGUUUAUUAUGUUAAAGAUGAUUUUCUAAGUUAUAUAUAACCACUUCUGAACUAUAAAAGGCGAUUUUCAAGCAAGAAAGUUACAUGUCCGCCUGGUAUGCGGAAGUUGCCCACUGUGCGAUCAAUACAUCGAGUUACACCCAUUGUUCUAUAUAUCAAGAGAGUUGAUUUUUCAUAUUCGAAUAGUUACUUUUUGAAUUUUUUUGAAUUUUAUAUUAGAAAGUCUGAAAUCAAAAGGUUGAUUUUAACGAGUAUAUAUUGAUAUCACCUCGUGCAUAACACAAUCAAUUCAAAAUAUUCCAGUAUGGCAACACCAAGGCAUAAUGUCAAAAAAUUUUCUUGUACAACACCACGCUUUCUUUUACCAACAUUACGUCGUCCAUGUUAUCGUGAAAUAAUCACAAUAAAAAAUAUAUGUGAUCCAGAAAAUGAAACUUUUUCAAAAUAGAGUGAAGAAGAUUGACAAUAUUACAAUAUAAUUAAUACAGCUCUUCUUAAUGAUGAUUUGGAAGUAUUGAAAAAAAAUGUACGAUUUAUCAAUAGUUUAAGGAUGACAAUUAAAAAUAAUAAUGAAAAUGAAUCUCUUUAAGUUAAUCGUGGAUUAUCUAUUGAUCCUGAACAUGUAAAACAGGAAUAUAAAGUAGGUUUACGAUUUUUAUGGCCAACAUUUACAUGUACAUCAAGAAAUAGAGAUGUAGCAUAUCGUUUUGGUGAUUAUAUAUUUGAAAUUGAUGCAUCAAAGCAUAAUUGGACAUAUCGUAGUGAUAUUUCAAAAUAUUCUAUCUAUCCAAAAGAACAAGAAGUUUUAUUCUAUCCAUAUAGUGGUUAUAUUGUUCAAAAUAUUAUAUAUGAUGCAAAAAUAAUUCAAUUAAAAUGUAUUGAUACACUACAAGUUGAAUCGAGCUCUGAAAAGUGUAUUCCAUCUUGUGUUAAAAUUUUUGAUUCAACAAGAAAUAUGUUCGUUUAUUUUUAUAAAAAUAGUACCGAUAUUCAUUGGUCUCAUGCUGAAAAAUCAAAGGAAAUCUUUUUAAUUGCACAAAAUAUGAAUGGCUAUUAG